AGAAGUGAGGAGACUGCAUGAGAAGGAAGGAUGUGACAUCACCAUGCUGUGUGUGUGUAAGACCAUUAGAGCUGCCAACACCCUUGGUGUGUGUGAGAGAAACACGGAGACAGCAAAGUAACUAUCAGUAAAAAUGCAGCGGAUUAUUUGGCUUUUCUUCUGCUGCAGGCUCAGAAUUGCAACAGGCUGCAUUCUGCAAGAUACAAACAGUAUUGAAGUCACUAAAUAUGUUGGUGAAUCUGUUCUCCUGCCGUGCUCCUGUGCUGAUCUCCAGCAUAAACCUUACGAGUUAAGAUGGAUGAAAAACACAGACGAAGAGAUUUAUCCCACCAAAUCUCACCUCCUGGACAGGCUUCACAUGUUUAAUCAGGAUUCUCCAGGAAAUCUCUCCCUGCUCAUAUCAAACCUGACUAAAGAGGAUGAGGGAAACUACAGCUGUGAGGGCCGGACCUCCAGCUACAGAGACAUCACACUUAGAGUUGAAGGAUGCUCUCUAAUGGAAAAGACACAAACUGAGGUUGUGAAAAACUCAGGAGACUCUGUCCUGCUGCCCUGCUCCUGUUCUCCUCUGCAUGUCAAACCUGAGAGUGUGAUAUGGAAUGUCAUCAGACGGAGAGGGUCUCAUUAUGUCUCAUCCAUUAUAGUAUCCAGCACAAGUGGCCCCUAUAGAGGCAGAGUUCAGAUGUUUAACCAUCUUUCACCAGGAAAUGCUUCUCUGCUCAUAUCAGACCUGACGGUGGAGGACCAGGGAUUAUAUUGGUGCGAUCUCAACAAAGAGGUCCGGACAAUUAACCUCAUAAUUAAAGCAAGCGUGUUGCCAUCUAAAGCACCACCUAAAACACACACACCGGUAACUAAAGAAAAAGACCUAGUGGAGAACGGAGGAACUGCAACAUCUCCGUACAUCUUCAUCCUGGUUGCUGUGCUGCUGUUGCCACUGCUGCUGGGAGGAGUCAUAUUCCUGUACAUGACACACAAAGGCCAAAAAGGUGAACGUACACAAUCAGGACGAAUGCAGGAGCGAAAUAAUGAUGAUUCCUCAUCAACGUAUGCAGCUCUUCAGCAUCGCUACAAUGCAGAGCAAAUGUACUCAACCAUUGGACAGAACGCUGGGGUCCAGAAUGAUGAUUCCUCAUCAACGUAUGCAGCUCUUCAGCAUCACUACAAUGCAGAGCAAAUGUACUCAACCAUUGGACAGAACGCUGGGGUCCAGGCCAUUACUGGAGAUGAUGAAAAUCAGAGUUCAGAUUGAAGUUCCUGCAUGAGACUCUACAGGGCGCCAUCUCAACUCCCCUUCAGCAGUAGGCCUAUGGUGCUUGUAAGAAUAAGCCUAAAGUUACAUGUAACCCUGCAACAGGUUAACUUGUUUUUGUGCAAAGCUUGUGUUUGUUUCAGUUCUGUUUUAUUAUUCUCUCAUGUUGUAACUCUGUAGCCAAAAACAGAGUCAAUGAUGUGUAGAAAUUGUGACAAUCUCAAGUUUUAUGGUGGAAAUAGAAAAUGUGUUAUAUUGCAUGACGCAGUUUAACGCAGGAUGUGGAGGCAUGGUGUUAUGUUUGAUUUUUAUCAUUUGCAGAACCUGUCCCAUGCUCAAAAACAAGAACAUAUUGAGACUUGUUGUAUUGCUGCUGUUAGUCUACUUGUUAAAUUAAAGGACAACUAAAAAAAUAAACAAAUGACUGUUUAUGCAGUACAGAAUUGCUUCAUGUGAAGUAUCCUUAGAAUGAAAUGGAGAUAUGUUUAUAAAAGUAAUACGUAGAAUCAAACUAGACAUUUUUUUCAGAUAAUCUGUUUCAAUCAAAUGUAAUGAUUGCUACCAUGUGAAGAAUAUUGGUGCAAUAUAUUAUUGUCUCUUUGUCUCAGCUGUGUGUGGCUACACUCUGCUGGAACAGCU